AUGGCGUCAACCAGAAGAUGGAUAGUUCCUUCAGUCCUUCUCGUAAUAUCUGCAAUUUUGGUCUCCAACCUUCGUAGCUCUGGCAAAAGCACAAACCAUGUGUUUCAAACCGAAUUGGAGCUGCCCUUGGCAAAUCAAGAAGAAUCUCGCAAGCUCACAGUGGAGGGUGAUGAUGAGUGCAAGAACAAACUUUCCUUGCAUCAAAUGUGUCUUGAUAUGAUCGCCUUCUCCAGUCCACCUGGAUCCCCAUCAUACAACAAAAUGCAAAACGUAUUGGGAAAAGCCAAAUCCUACAAGGUGCAUUUGGCAGGAAAGGGGAUUUAUGAGAGCAAUGAAGCCAACAUUCGAGCCAUGUUGGAAGGCUAUGGAUUACCUGCCAGCACACCUGAUGAUCCACCUGAAACUGUCCUGCACGUCCAAUCUGAUUUCACCUUCUGUGCUGAUUGCCAUACAAUCCCACGCAUUUUUGUUCAGUCAGAGCAACUGGCCACAAUUGGCCAUAAGAUCAUGAAAAAGAAUUUGAAGCCGUGUCAUGACCAAGAGUUGUGUGUUAUCUGGGAAUACUCAGAUUUUCAGUAUCAUUGGAUGAAGGAAAGAAAAAUGCAAGAUUCUGUCGUGCUACUACCCAUCAUGCACCAAUCGCGAUUGGGGGAAGCCGACAACAUGCAUUCUCUCACAAAUCGAUCCAUCGAUGUUGUCUUUUUUGGAGACAUGAGCAGAAAACGACGAAAACCUCUCAUAAAGAGCUUUAAUGAUGAACUAUCUAAUGUGAGAGCAGAACAGACCAAAUCCACAAAACGCAUGAAGAAAUCCUAUGAAGAUUCCAAAGUCUGUUUGAUUACACAUGGCUACCACACAGGUGCAGCAGGAGAAACCCAUCGCUUGUCUGAAUUUGGACGCUUUGGCUGCAUUCCAAUCCUGGAAACAUGGUCAGAUGAGCUUUUCUUGGAACCCUACCGAAAAUGUGCAGAUGUAGUCUUUGCAGACUACGACAAUCUAUUGAAUGCAACAAAAGCAGUUCUCAAUGGCAUAAACAGCAGUGAUGACAAGAAUCUGUCUAAGCGAGUAAACUGGUGGCGUACUGGUGUGAAAUGGGAAUUAGUAUUGACAACUGCAAUGACGACAGCACCAAGCUGA